GCCUCGCGCCAGCAGCGGCAAGACCACCUGGGACCUCUCCAAGCUGGUGCUGGAGGGCCAGAGCAGCCCGGUGUCCUCGGCCGUGGUGCGGCAAUGGCUGGACCUGGUCUACUCGCGGGUGGACGCUGGUCGGCAGCCCCCAAAGUUCCCCAGCCUGUCGGAGCCCGCGCGGUCGCUGCUGCUGUUCGCGGACGCUGUGGGCACUAGCCGGGUUGUGAUGGAUGGCUUCAUGGAUGCGUUGGUGGCGCAGCCAAGCCUGGCGCUGUGCGUGGUGUUGAACGGCGGUGGCGGUGGUGGCGAGGGAGGGGCAGCUGGCGGGGGCGGAGCUGGUGCGGCACCGCAGCCGCUGCAGCUGGAGCUGGCGCUGCGCGGCAAGCUGUACUUCUACUUUGGAUCUGGCAGCCUAAGUGCCCUGGACGUUCCGACUUCGGGCACAGUACACACGGUCGUCUCCGGCGGGCCCCUGGCGCCGCACAAGACCGCCUUCCCCGGCGCCGUGGCGGCCGCGCUGGAGGGCUGGCUGUACCUUGCGGGGCGGUUGGGACUGGUGGCGCUGGUGCGGCUGCUGCUCGACUUCUACAAGGCGCAGCUGGUGCCCACAAACGUGUCCCUCCUAUCUGGUGCAGUCGCAAAGGUGUAUAGCCGGCGCGUGCUGGAGUGCAUGCCGCACGAGCUGCUGGUGGAGGGCUUUGUGAGCAGCUGCCUGAACGACCCCCACACCGUGCAAGCCGAGGUCGACAGUGGGAGCAAGCUCAGCAUCACACUGACGGCUCCGGAGGCGGCGUCGGCCUUGGGGCACAAGCCCAGCAUGGUUGAGAGCGCGACGGUGACAAGGUCCAAUCUGCUGGUCAAUAAAACCGGUGCUACGUUGCUUAUGCGGUUGUCGGUGGGGGGCUUGGAUAUUGCGGAGCAGCGGCGGGUGCUCAAGGAGGUGCUGCAGCGGUUGGAGGAGGAGGAGGAGCAGGAGGCAGAGGCGCCGGCAUGAGCGAGUGGAUGGGCGAGUGAGUUGUGACUGAGGGGCGAAUGUGCGAGGAGAGGCGAGGUGACGUCGGACAGGUGGGGAAUGCACAUGCAGGGACCAUCCAGGUCAACACGACGCGGGUGAAGAUGGGGGAGUGCCGCUGUGGUGCGCGUAUGCCGCUGGAGCUAAGCAGGAGCGAGUGCGGGAGCGAGUGCACGGUGAUGCUGAUGCUUUUGAUCCGAUGCGCACAAUACCGUAUUGUAGACUGCGAAGUUCUGGCUGUUUACUGUCCUGGGCGUGCAUAGCAGGCGUGCAUAGCUGCGGCAAUCGGCCCCUGGGAGUGUGUUGAUAUAGGGGAUGACGAGAAGCAAACCCAAUCUGUGCUGGGCUUCUGUGUAGGGUGCUGCCGGCAAAGUGCGUGUGCUACACGUUUUACCGAUGAAGGCCUUUGAUAGAGCAUGUUGCUAUCAUCAAUUAAG